AUGGACCUUGAGACCAAGGAAGAAUUGUCUCUUACCAAUUCCUCUUCUCGUCGGAGGUUAUCGGCCCCUCCGCCAACUGGCAGUAUAUCGACUUCGGACUCUUACGGCCGGUCAUCCCGAACAAACAACACGACGCAUACGGGUACAACUUCUGAAGGCCAACCAGGAUGUAUCAAUGGGGCUUUGCCGGCGGCGGGUAGGAACUCGCCCGCUGCCACGGAGAGGUCGAAAAGCCUCUCUGCAGAAAGGUUGAAAGACUUCUCUGCUGUGGCGAGGUCUGAAAGUCGCAUCGGGCCGGUGCAGCAAGAGUUCGAAUCGGACCCAUCCCACGAAUUCUGGACUUGGAGCCAAGAUACACAAAACUGGUACCACGUCCAAGGAACCGGGUCGGUCCUGUGGGCACCUCAUCAACUGGAUUGA